UUAGAUUUAAGGACCAAAGUCCCGUUUUCACACUGCUGCUAAACACUGACACAACUUUAUAACUACCUGGAGAAAUGUGGAGUUCAGUACCUCCCUCAAGGACACUUUCACAUACGGGCAAAAACCAGAGGUCGACCACUGCACCAUAGCUGCCAACAAGGUGUGGUUUUCAGUUAGGGUAAAGCAAAAAGAGCUAAAGAAUGCCACUGUAGACACAUUAAGAGGUUAUUGGCUGGUUAGUUUGAUCCUUUAAUGUAUAAAUUUUUCAUUUAUUAAUGUGUCCUGCUUUGCAGAUUUCAAUAAUCACACUCCAAAACAAAUAUGAGCAAAAACAACAGAUUUACCAGCGGUUUUUUUUCUAGAAUAUAGUUUUUCCUGUAAAAAAAAUGAUCUACCUACCACUAUUUAUAAGUCAAUUUUAAAUGAUUUAUUAGUUUAAUAAAAAUUGUCUUGAAAUUCCAAAAAUAAUUCAUUUUUGGACUAUUUAUUUUUUAGUAUUCUAAUAAUUUUCCCUUAGAUUCAGAUGAGUUUUUAUCUGAUGGUUUUUUUUUCUGCUCCGCCCUCUUGUAUCUACUCAUGAAACUGACAGAGGGGAGUCCCCCUGGCACCUCCACGCCUCCUUUAGGAGCUCAGAUUGAAACUGUUGUCAGGAAAGGCUCAAAGAAUGCUCCUCUUUUCACCUGCGGAGGCCCGGGUCAGAGGUCAAAGGCCUGAGCGCUGCAGCCCGACUUUUCUGUGAGCGCCGUUCCGUACGCACAGCCUGCAGAGGAGGUCCGAAGAGAACAUUCCACACCAGCACCGAGCCGGCCCGAACAUCCUCAGGAAACAACACUCACUUCCUGUCAAAUUAAGCCAAGCUGAUGGCUGCUCGCUGUGAUAACCGCCACGCUGGUGCCCGCUCCCGCCCUCCCAUCCACACAUAAACCCCCCCUCCACCAGGCAGCGUGUCACACAGUCGUCGCCCUCCAGGACAGCCAGCAUCAGCUUUCCUCUGAGGAUGGGUCUCCUGCUGCUGCUCGCCUCCACGCUGCUGUGCAGCUGUAUCCAGUCUGGGAUUGUGGCGAGCCAAGAUAGAUCGUUCACCAUCUCAUCUGUCACCCUGACCAUUGAGCCCAGAAACGAGGUUCCACGGAACACCAACGUGACUUUGAGGUGCCAAGCCAAAGUCCUCACCAAGGAUAAUUUUCCUUUAACUCGAAAAUACAUCAUUUACAAAGAAGACAGAGCAGUCCACACCGAGACCACCGAGUCCUCUGAUGAUAUCCUGUACCGGCUGCCUGAGGCCAGAGUCUCCAACAACGGCAAAUACAGAUGCAAGUUAACCAUUGAGGGGAAAAACAUGAGCAGUCAACCAAUAAAGCUUGAAGUCACGGGUGUGUCGAAGCCGAUUUUCCACCUUAACAAGAAUAACCUCACGGAGGGAGAUAGGGUAACGGCCACGUGUUCUGCGCCUGGGGAGUCCGGCGUCUUCGGGUUCUACUUCUAUGAUGACUCUGUGGAACUCACUGAUGUUCAGACCAGGUCCAAUAGUGCACAGUCCAUGCUGCACUUCAGUACUUUGGGUCUCCACAGACUUCACUGUUUCUACACCGUCGAUAAUAUGCCACUCGCCGUCAAAUCCGAGGAAAGCAACAAAGUCACCGUCACAGUCAGAGAGCUUUCCAUCAGGCCAGUUCUGGAGAUUUCCCCUGAGAACAACGUCUAUGAAGGAGAUCCUCUGAUCAUAUCGUGCAGAGUCGAACCCUCAGAGCACAUCUUUGGAAAUAUUGAGGUCUACCUGAGCCAGGACGGCAACUCCCGAUGGCUCAGCAUGGGGAAGAUGGACACCGAAUACAGCAUGACCGCGACAAGCCCGCUGCUCACCUUUGAGUGCAUGAUGACUCUGGAGAAUUUGAAAAAAAGUGAAAGAAAGAACGUGACCGUGAUUGAGCUGUUCUCCACGCCCAUCCUCACAAUGUCCCCAGCUGAAGUCUUUCAAAAAGAGCCCUUGACACUGACCUGCAAAAGUGAAAUUGUCGCCUCGGAAAAGCUUAAGAGAGCAGAUCUGAGCUACCACCUUUCUUCAAAUGAAAGCUUUGUCUCCAGUGGAAGUGGAGUGUUUCAUGUCACCGCCCUGGAAAAAGACUACACAUGUAUCGCUCAAGCAAGAGGCAUCAGGAAAGCCAGUAAAACCCUCACCGUUCAUCCUAAAGUUGCUGUUUCACUUCCAAACAUCUCCAACCAGAGCAAGCCGAUCUUGGGACAGCUCUUUUACAUCGUCUGUCGGUCGGACGUGGGCAGCCUCCCCAUCACAUACAUUCUGUACAAUCAUUCUACAAAACUGGAUACAAGGGUCAUCCGCCUGCCCAAUCAAACAGCUCUUUUCCCAGUCGUCAUCUCCAGCGCCAAAGAACAGGGAAGAUACAAAUGUGAGGCGCAAAACGGCGGAAGGAGGAUCCAGAGUGAAGAGCUGGUUAUAAACGCCAUAGUGCCUUUGAGCAGUCCGACUCUAACUACCGUCCCCGACCUGUCAGACAUCUCAGAAGGAGGCCAUCUUAACCUCAUAUGUGCGGUCAACGGCAGUCCUCCCGUCACCUUCAAGUGGUUCCGUGAGGGGGACUUACAACCCCUCAGUACCAAUACCUCCACAAAUCCAUUCAAGGAUUACGAGAUCCCCGUGGUUUCCAAUCAGCACAGCGGCUCGUACUACUGUGAGGCGUAUAACCAGGCUGACAACAAAGUCGAAAGCAAAUCCAUUUACAUCAACGUCCGCAUGGCGCCGUGGAAGAAGGCCAUGAUCUGGGGGAUCGUGUUUCUGGUCAUCCUCCUGGUGCUGAUCGCCAGCUGUGUGCUUCUGUACAGAUCCAAGCGAGGCAAACGAGAAAGAGCUCCUGAGUUGUCAGUAAAGCCUUCAAGCCCUAAAUCAGAUGACUCUCUAACAGUGACUCUAACUCACGGCACAGAGGUUUAUAAGUCAGACGCAGCGGCGUUCUUUGAUGACAAGGAGGGGAGAGCGACCAAUGGGGCGCGAGGUAGCUUGGCGUCGCUACCUGCUGACUUCAGCAACAGGAGCAGCUACAGCAUUCCAGCGACAGUUUAAAGAGCAGACAUUGGGAAGGGCGGUCACUUUCUGGUUUUUGUGGGAAAAGGAAGCUCUAAGAAAAGAGUUCUCAAGAGGACACAAACUGGUGAUCAUACAGAACACCGCAGACUUUUUGUUUUCCCAGUAAAAAUGACCUUUUUGUUGGUUUUCACGAGCAGAGCCCACUGCUCCCUCUCCCCUCCACUCACAGGCUUUUCUUUACAUUACAGCAUGAGGAUGUCUUCGUCAUGUAUUUGCUUUGUAUGAAAUCUCUAUCUUCAUAGUCCGUCUGCCGAUCUUGAUUUGUACAUAUCUUCACUGGAAAUGUGUGUAUAUAUUUGUGGAGUGAUCAGAGCAGAGAAUUCUAGAAUAAAGAUGCUGGUUUUAUUUAGAGGUGUGUGCAGCGUUCAUUUAUCCCUCCGCCUCAAACGAGGUUUAAUUUGUGUUCAAAUAGGACUCCUAAAUGGCACAGACUAAAGGAAUAGGUACAACCAUCUAAACUCAGCAAGACUUUGGUGUCGAUUCAUUUCCUGAAAAAUGUAACCUACAAAAGAGACUUCCUUGAAAAGUUAAAACAAUAGAGUCUGCCAGCGAUUUCCUACAAAGGCAGGGAGCGUGUUGCACAAGGGCAGGGGGGCAGUUCUGAUGGCGGUGCUGUGGAGGGUGGGGCUUAUUUUGUUUCACUUUGAAUGCAUGCAGCAGGUGGAGGAAAUUAAUCACAAAAGCCUCGGUGGAACAGAGGGUGAGAUUACAUUCUCAACCGGGAAGUUGUUUUUGCCAGAAUUUACUGUGCAGCCGCUGCUGCAUUAACAACCCAUUGUGCACAAGGCAGUGAAAGGCUCUGUGUGAACCAAACAAGGAAAAAAUGAGCUUUAAAAAUGCUGCAACUACAAUAGAGAGUCACAUAUGAAAACAUACUGUAAUAAAAUGUGAUUAUUUCACAAGAUUUGAAUCAAAAUAGUCUCAAAACUGCACUGAAGAAUUUAUGUUUUACUUCUAUUCUUCUGGAUUAAAGACAAAAAUAUUCAUGCAAUUAUAGAGGUUGUUGUACCCAAAUUCACAGAUGUCUCUGAACUU